GGGAAAGCGCAGUAGCCCCAAAUACCUGCGGCUUGUUUUGCAGUCUGCUGUGACUGUCCUUUCAUGCGAAGAAGCAUUUUCUUAAAACUGUGUGGACAGUGGAUGUGACAAGCUUUCUGUUUUACGGAUUAUUAGAGAGGCUGCAGCAAUGGGCCCAGACACCACAUCUGUCCCUAAAACAGAAUCCCCAGAGGAAAGUCCAGAAAUAGUGGUGGUGAAGGUAAUCUCAGAAUCAGAUUCCAGUGAUGCUUCAGUCGUCUCCGAGCCAGAAUACUCCAAACAGAGCAAGAGAGCAAAGAGCAACGUAUCAGACAAGUGUUACCCGUGCUCUGUCUGCGGCAAGGUAUUUGACAGACCGUCAAAGCUAGAGAGGCAUAAACCGGUACACACGAGGAAGCCCAAGACUCUUCAUCAGUGUCAGCAUUGUGAUAAGAGCUUCACGCAACAAGAAAAGCUCAUCCGACAUGAGAAUUGCCACAAUAGGACCAACCAGCAUCCCUGUCCUGACUGCGGGAAAGUGUUCAAUAGACCCUCAAGAUUAGAGAGGCAUAAACGCACACAUGCAAAAAAACCCAAGGUACCUCAUCAGUGUUCAUACUGCAUGAAGACAUUCAGUAAACUUAACAAACUCAUUCGUCACAAGCGAAUGCACACUGGGGAGAGGCCUUUCACCUGCUCCGUCUGUGGUAAGGGAUUCUCUGAGUCAGGCCAUUGCAAAGCACAUGAAAAGACACAUGAGGAACAGCCAGAAAAACCCCACUCUUGUGCGGACUGCAAGAUGUGUUUCUUCAAGGCCUCGGAGCUCCGUAGGCACUUGCGUUCCCACACUGGAGAGAAACCUUUCAAGUGCACCUUGUGCGAGAGCUGCUUCUCUCGCUCUGAGGGACUGAAGAGGCACAUGAGGAGCCACACGGGGGAAAGACCAUACAAAUGCAUUAUCUGUGGAAAGCGAUUUUAUUCUCGACAGGAUUUGAAUAUUCACGGACUGACCCACACGGGGGAGAAGCCACAUCUUUGCCCUGUGUGCGGUAAAGGCUUCUCACAGCUGGGUAACAUGAAAGAGCACGAACAAAAUGUUCAUAUUAAGGCAGAGAAAUAUAUUUGUAACGAAUGUGGAGCGACCUUCACACGGUACAAGUCACUAUCAAAGCAUCAGCGGACACAUACUGGAGAAAGACCCUAUCUGUGUCUUACUUGUGGUCGCAGGUUUUCGUGGAGCCAUUCUCUUAGCAGACACCAGAGGACACACACACAGAGACAGAUGUCUGGGGACACGCCCAAAGAAAUACUAAGUUUUGAGGCAUCUUCGGAGAAUCCCAGCAGCUGAACUUAGAAACACAUUUCCUCCUCAUUUAGCUUUGCUGAAGAAAGAGACAGACAGAGAGGGAGAAGCUCAUUUAGACUGUAUUGACAAGUUAUCUUUAAUUUAUGUGAUGAUUCACCUUUCUGCUUGCAUUGCUGAUUGUCCACAAAAUAUGUUCUCUAAAAUUUUAACUAGCGUAGGGUGCCAGAUCAAAGCUAGAAGGUACUUUUUUUAAAAAGUCUGUGUUGCCUGGAAUGUGGUGGGAGUUAAAAUUUGGAGUGUGCCUAGAAUAUGUACUAUUAAAACUGCUCAGUGUAGGGCUGCUUUGUUCACAGUUCACUUUUAUGAUGUGGUGUUGAGAGCAAUUGUACUUUCCCAACGUAAGUGCCCAAGAUGCAGUACUUGUAUUUACAGCCAAUUACAGUGAUGAUUUUUUUUAAUAGUUAAGCCUUUACAAAAUGGUUAUGCUAUGCCAACAAAGAGUAAAAAAUGUGAAAAAUAAAUAAAUAAAUAAAAAGUAAAAUUAAAACUGCAGUGAUGUUGCAGUGGCCAGAGGCCAAAGAAAAUUGUACUCUUUUGGUUUUUAUAUCAGUAUCAUUUUAUAUGAUCCAAUGAUUUUACGUUGUACAUGCAUGAGCGUUCACUGUCAAUAAAGAUGCAUUGUGAUGUGCUGUGACUGA